GACUGUUAUCACUUUUUACAGUAAUUACUCAUAAACAGUCAAACUUUUAUGGCAAGUUACAGUACAGAACUGGAGUUCCAGAGCCUCCUACCCUCAUGGCUACAGUAAGAACGUUACGGAUUUCUCUUGUCUGUCUCUUCUGUCUCAUGUUCAUUGCUGGGUUUGCUUACAGGUCUCUAAGGAUGACUCUUCAUUCUGCCUCCAGUGGGUUUUAUUUGUUGCACUCAGCCCCACAUAAUAAUUCUUCCCCUGCUUCCAUGGAGCUGGAACUUCAGGACCUGAUGAAGGUGAUUGAGUGGCCUGAGCCUCCAGGUCCCAUAGAUUAUAAUUUCUCCACCAGUCCAUUUAAAACAGAGUUCCACAUGCCAUUUCCACGUGCCACAUAUUAUGUUGGAGAGUAUGUGGAAUUUCUCAUCACAGCACGAGACCACCAUGGUCGACUAAAAACAUAUGGAGGGGAUUAUUUCCAGGCCAAGCUGCACUCCCCAAAGCUGAAAGCAGGAGUCACCGGCUCAGUCACAGACCAUAGAAACGGCACCUACACGGCCUCCUUCUUGCUGCUCUGGCCGGGACAAGUGGAGAUCUCCAUAAGACUUGUCCAUUCCAGUGAGGCCAUAGCCAUCCUCAAAGACAAGAGGGAGACCCGUCCUGACAAGGUCUAUUUCUAUGGAUUCUUUGAUGGAACCAAUGAGACAAUGGAAUGCAAUGUAGAACUGGCAGGACCCGAUAUCUGUAAAUAUCUGGACGCACAGACUGGAGAGUCAUGGUUCUGCAAGAAGCCAAAACAGAUUCCCUGCAAUGCAUAUAAGGGACAUUCAGCGGGACAAUCCCAAGACAUUCUCACUCAAAAAGAAGCAUCAUUCCUAAAUAAGUCUGUAAAGGAGAAGCUGAUUUCAUCCAAAGUUGGAACAUUUAUGGUGUCACCAAAAAACAACACAAAUGAUAGGGGAAUUUGCUCCUCAGGGCUUCCAAACCCAAACCCUUCUGGGUUCUACUACCAGGACUUCUGGCAGUCUCGUGUCUGCAGGAAUAGAGCUUUCCCUACCCCUUCUAACGUUACCAAAUGUCUAUCCGGGAAGAUUAUUUAUAUGUUUGGGGACUCAACAACUUAUCAGUGGUGGAAUUUUCUGUUGGAUUUGAUACCAUCCCUACAGAGACAAGAACUCCACAUGAAGUAUCCAGCCCCACAGUUGGCGAUAGACCCAGAAAAUGAAUUUGCAGUGCAAUGGCAGGCCCACCAGAGACCAUUGACCAUGAAGUAUUCUGAUAAGGAAGAGUUGCAUUACAUUGCCAAUGAACUGGACAGGAUAGGAGGAGCAAAAGAAGGGCUGGUGAUUGUUAUAAACUGCAUGGCCCAUUUCAUCUCAUUGCCUAUCAGAUUUUAUAUCAAAAGACUCCGUUCCAUUCGGGAAUCUGUGCUCCGGUUGAUAAAACGGAGUCCAUUAGCUAAAGUCUCCAUAAAGUCUGGUAACACCGGAUACUUGUAUAUCCAUGGUAGUGAUUGGCUGUCCCUUCAGUUAGACACAGUAAUGAGAGCCAUGUUCUCUGGACUGCCCGUUACUAUACUGGAUGCUUGGCAGAUGACUUCUUGCCAUUAUGAACCCCAUCACCUGCACCCUGGACCAGUCAUUGUAAAGAAUGAGAUUGAUUUAAUGCUCUCUUUCAUUUGUCCAAAAUAACACUGCACAAUGUCCGCAGCAGCCAAUGCAAGUAGUCAAAGCACCAACCCUUGUGUUGUCAGGACGUUAUGCAGCUACACAUUGGCUUUUGUUUAUAUAAAAUAUAUCUGGAACGGUCUAAUUCCUAAGACGGACGAAUGGCUAGUGUCAGAGGGUUGAUA